CAUUCAUAGCCAAACUAUAAGCUAUUAGAGUCAUAUAGAGUCAGAAAAAAGUUCUUUUUUUUUGCUUUUGUCUUCUUUAAUGUACAUUCACAGCCAGCUAUAGUUCUUACACUACUUCUUUUCAAGUGGGUGUUGUAAAGUUUUUGUCUUUUUUUACUUCAUUUGAAUUCUUCAUAGUUUCCUUGGGACUUGAGCCAAUCCAAAAUAGUACUACUACUACUAAUUCCAGUUAUUCUCAGUUUUGGGCCGGAGGUUUUAGGGUUUAAGCGUUAGUUCUGUUUUUGGUGUUUUUUUCUUUUCACUUUUCAUGUAUUUGGUGCUUUUAAGGUGUUAGGCUCUAUAAUUUUUUUGGACCUUCAGUUACAUUUUCUGAAAACAGAGAAAAUGUUUUGAGUCUUUUUCGCUUCAAAUUAACCAACAAAACUUGGUUUUAUAGAGAUGUCUAGGCAUAAAGAUUGAAAUUUUACUCCAACUUUUUGCUGUUUUGCAUUGUUUUUAUACUUUUCUGAACAAUUUUGGAAUACAAUUGCGGAGGAAUUUUCUGAGAAAUUUUGGAGCUUUUUCUGCAUAUUGGGUCUAUAAGUUCUUGCAUUUUUAAGAUAAAGUAGGAAAAAGAAAGAGUAUAAUAAAUGGCGUCAAAUUUGGUGGAUGAGAUAGACUGUGGUAGCUUCUUUGACCACAUUGAUGAUUUGAUUGAUUUCCCUCUAGAGAAUGAAACUGCUGGCCUUAAUUCUACUGAUUGCAAAGAUUUUCCCAGCAUUUGGAAUGAUCCAUUGCCGGAUUCCGACUCCCUUUUCUCCGGCAGCCACCGGAAUUCAGCCUCUGACUUCUCCGCCGAGCUCUCUGUUCCGUAUGAGGAUAUUGUUCAGCUUGAAUGGCUUUCAACAUUUGUGGAGGAUUCCUUUUCGGGCGGAGGAUUGACUCUCGGGAAAGAAACCUUUCCUCUUAACAAAGAGACAUCCGAAGCCAAAUUCCAGACUUCGAGUCCUGUCUCCGUGCUUGAGAGCAGCAGCAGUAGCUCUUCCUCUUCUUGUUCAGUUGAAAAAACUGUUCCACUGAGUAGUCCAUGCCACCGGGGUCCACAACGUGCUCGUAGCAAGCGUCCUCGCCCUGCAACGUUUAAUCCCGCACCAGUAAUUCAACUUAUCUCUCCAACAUCAUCCUUUACUGAGAUUCCCCACCCAUUUGUUGCUCAAGGAAUUGCUUCAGAAUCAGAAAAUUUCGCGGAGUCUCCUAUGAAGAAGAUUCUGAAACCUGCUGUAGCAGAACAGAAGAAGAAAAAGAAACUCAAGUUGUCGUUUCCUUCAGCUCGGGUCGAGGCAAAUCAGAAUCCAGUGGCACAGACAAUUAGGAAAUGCCAGCAUUGCGAGAUAACAAAGACUCCUCAAUGGAGGGCAGGUCCAAUGGGACCAAAAACUCUGUGCAACGCGUGUGGUGUUCGUUACAAGUCAGGACGACUCUUCCCUGAAUACCGGCCUGCUGCAAGUCCCACAUUUGUUCCAUCAAUUCACUCAAACUCUCACAAGAAAGUUAUUGAAAUGAGAACCAAGGUUGUCCCGGACAACAAUGCCAACAUAGCCAGGACCGCGCCACCAGCAACAGUCACCCAACCGGAGUUCAACCCGAGUAACAAAGAGUCAGUGGAGGAAGAGAACAAGUGAACGAAAGAAGCAGAGAACAGUUUCCCUAGUCCAUAGUCUUUUAGUCAUCUCUCUUCCUUCUAAUUUCAAUGCUUAGUGUUAUUUGUGUAUUAUUUUCUUGCAUUUCUUUGUUCAUUGUUGUUUGUAUAGAGUUGUAUUGAGUAGAUAGAGAAGAAAUAGAAGAUUAUAUUUUAGGUGGUAGAGAUAAAAGUUGUGAUGAGAUGAGAGGAUAUGAGAGCAAAUAUGGAGAUUAGAUUUAAGGGCUAAGCAUUAGUGUAAGUUUCUUUUAAAGUUAAAUUAGGUUUGGGGUCAGUGUUGGUCUUUUUGUUAGAUGUUAAUGCCUUGUUUUCUUUGUCCUUUAAAUGGGAAUUCUUUUGCAGUUCAUUCGUUAUUAGGCAA